AUGUAUACAGAUAAUAAUUCAGAUAGAGAAAGUGAAUGUGAUCUAAGGAGCCCAAACAACAGCCCAAGCAUCACGAAAAAGUCGUUAUCAACCGUUGGCUUUACUAAUAAUACCGAAAAUCAAAAUGCAAGGCCUUUAGCUUUGCGAGCAACACAAUCCUUUACUGGAGCCGUGGAAGAAUUGAGAUUAUGUAAUAAUUUGCAAAGAAUAAAUCUAUGUAAUCGUGUUAACGUGGUUUCGGCUCCGAAAAUUGCAGCCGUGUGCCCUUGCGGGUGUUUACUGAAACCAGCUACUACCGGCCCAUUCAGAACUAGAGAACAAACUACAUUGGCUCUACAUGUAGUUUCCCCAGAAGUACUAAAUCACCAUGGCUACUGUUUUGAACCUACUGAAAUUGCAAUGUUCUGGAAGAAAGACUGUAGAAUGUUUUUAUGGAAAGGUAAAGCGAAAGCAAAGAAUGUGAUCGUAGCCGAUCCCCGUAAAAACUGA